CUUCUCCUUCCUCUCGCCCAAUCUCCUCACCUGCCCCCGAGAAGAGAGAGAGAAAAGCAGCGAGACGCGAAUCAACGGCGGCGAUGGCUCUCCCGGCGUCCAGCUCCACCCUCUCCCGCUUCCUCUCCUCCCGCCGCAUCCAGCCCACGGACGUCACCGCCCUCGCCACCUGGGGCAUCUUCGCCGGCAGCGCCGCCAUCUACCUCGUCCAGCCAUUUGACUGGAUCAAGAAAACCUUCUUCGAGAAGCCCGAGCCUGAGGCAUAAGUGUCUAUGGGGGUGCACGGCUACAGCUUUUGAUGCGUACAUUUUCAGGAUGAUUCUCUGAGUUUGGACAACCCAGCCAAUAAUAUACAAGACCCUCGUGAUCCCUUGUUUGAUUUUCCAUCCAGAUGUAGGUUUCCUCUUGCGUUGCAUGUAACCCUCACCAUGGGAGGGGAAUGAUCAUGUAAAUUUAUUUUCCGUCACAGAGGAAAGAAACUGUGCUUUUGUUUAUUUCUCUUGCUA